UGUACCACGCCCAAAAUUCGAAAAUUAAAUGUCCUCAAAACUAAUUAUAAUACCCAGGACAACUAUUUUGUUGCUAUAUAAAGACUUCACACCACCUCAAUCAUCAUACAGUUUUUCGUUACAGAUCGAAAAAGGUAGACCAAUCUCAAAAUGAAGGUAUUCGUAGCUUUGUUCGCCCUCGUAGCCGUCGCCUCCGCCGGAGUGUUGUUGCCCCAAUCCUACGGCUACGGACUGGGAUCCUCCCUGUUGGCUGCUCCCCUUAGCUACGCCGCCUCCCCACUCGCCUACUCCGCCCCACUCGCCUACUCCGGCUCAAUUGCCCACCAUGCUCCACUUGCCUACUCUGCCCCCAUUGUAGCUGCCGCCCCAGCCCUCCAAUCUGGAUACGUUGCCGCCACCCGUGGAUCCAUCCACACCGCCCCACUUCCGGAAGGUCCUUUGGCCGCCAGCCACCACAUCAACACCGCCCCAGCUCCAGGAACUUGGUAAUUUAGUACAGAUGUUCACAAUUCGACCAAAUAAAUUAGUACUUAAGUAA